AUGUAUAAUAUCGAGACUUUAGUGAAACAAGUCCUCGAGCCGUUCAGAGCCUCAGGCGGUGCCUUUCAAAUUUCCAAACACGGCAAAGUCCGGCAAGCCCCUUAUUUCCGUUCACAAGAAGUCCACCUCCAGCGCAUAUACAACCUCAUGUCGUUGUCUACGAACCGCCAGGAACAAAGUGCUCCCGGCGGCUCCAGACUUUCGUCUAAUAACCCAUACAGAGAUUUAGAGGCCAGGGGCGAACUAGACCCACACCAGGGCACCGAUUCAGCUUUUUUGACGUUUACUCCCAAAGAGCAUAAUGUCAACAACGGCAGCAGCAGCGGCAGCAGCAGUAAUGGACACAACUCCAUCCUCCGACGAAAGAACACAGUUACUAUAACAACAAAACCGGUGCCCGUAGAGGAAUUUGAAGCAGCCUUCGAAGAACGACCCGUUGUUCAGCGGCAACAGGAGCAGCAGCAGCAAGACUAUAGUCCGCCUGCGUUUGUUCAUCGUCGACCAUCUCGAGCCGAAUCUAUUGCAUCCUCCAGCCUUCUUGCAGGUCAAGCACCGAUCCCUAGUUACGAUGCUAUCGAAGAACCAGACUAUUCAGACACUGCAAGAUUGACGGCCAACGUGGGUGACGAACCAGCCGCUGAUCAGCCAGCCGAUCGCCCUGUACGACGAAACCAGUCUAUGCGGAAAGUAGCGACAGUGCUACGAAAAGUAUCGCGACGAGUAGUAAAUAUUCAAAACGAUGACAAUGCACCGCUUUCGCGUGAUCGCUCUUCCUCAACGAUACCCCUGAUAAGCAAGCAACAGCACGAGGUAGCUGAAGAAGAGUCUAUACCAAUGACACCUACUCCGUCAAUCAAAUCAGUUACCCCGUCGCUGGCCGACAGUCAAGAACAAGAACAGCAACACUCUGAAGUAAGGAGGAGCAGGAAACGAGGCAUUGUCUUGGCCGGAAGGGCCUGUGGCCUAUUUGGACCCGAAAAUAUAUUACGUCGAUUGUUUGCCCGUAUAUUACUGUGGAGGUGGCUCGAGCCAUUCAUGAUGUUUGUCAUUGCGUUACAUUGUGCUGUGCUUCUCGCUGUCGGCUGGGGAAAUAAUCCAGAUCCACAACCACCACGAUAUUGGGGCCAAACCUGGGAUCACCUUUGGGUCCUUAUGCGAAUUAUCGUCUAUGGAUUUCUUUUUUCACCAAAACGAGACAAUAGCGACGACGUGCAGAACCCACCACCUCCUUUAGCUUUUAUGCGUCACAGCUGGAACCGCAUGGAUCUGAUAUCUGUUGUAUGCUACUACGUCGAUCUGGGCCUUACCAGUGCAGGAGAAGUUCUUGUCGAAGACACGAGACGAAUAUUGGUAUUCAAAGCACUGUCAACCCUAAUACUGCUUCGACUCCUGCUUAUCACCAAUGGCAACCGGAUUAUUCUUCAAAGCUUAAAAAAGGCUGGCCCCCUGCUUGUGACGAGAAAUCCAACAGCAUUAUCGGUGUACAAUCGUUUAAAGGGUCUUUUCUGCGCCACUGUGUUUGGACAGUAUUGUGGUGGUUAUAUGGAAGAUGGUAUCGAGAAGCCAUACCUCCUACUGGAUGAUACACCGGGACCUUGGUCUAAAGGAUUCAUAUGUGAAGAGGGUCUCGUCUGCAAGGAAACGGAAAAUCCAUCUGGCGGAACGAUCAGUUUUGACAACAUUUUCAGCUCCAUGCUGAUCGUAAUCAUUAUUGCUGGAAACCAGACAUGGACCGAGCCAAUGUACAACAUGAUGGACUCUGAAUACUUUAUAGUGUGUCUCUAUUUCAUAGUCAGCGUCAUCAUUAUGAAUUAUUGGUUGAUCAACCUCUUCGUUGCUGUGAUCAACGAAAUGUUUGCCAAAAUUCGAGAAGAUUCUCAGCAUUCUGCAUUUACAUCAUCCAAGAAAAAGCCAGUGCUGGCGGAUGCUGCUGAAGGAUGGUCUAUUGGUCAAGGCACCAAAAAACAAAAGAACAAUCGAGUGCUCCUUGUCGAGUUUGUCAAAUUGACGAAACCUUUUUGGACGUUUCUAGUCAUUGCUGACUUGAUUGUGAUGGGUUGGAAAAAUAAUGACAUGACAGUUGAUCAGCUGGCAAUCAUAGAUCGUGCGGAGCUUGGCUUUUCCAUUGCAUUUCUACUUGAAAUCAUCAUACGGUUCGCAAGCUCUUGGCCACGAUGGGGCACGUUUUUCGACUCCAAGUCAAACAAAAUGGAUCUCUUCAUAGCUAUUGUCACCUGUAUCAUCCGAAUUCCGCCAGUUCACGACAAUCAACCUGUAUAUGCGUGGUUGACAGGCUUCCAGGUUCUUCGUAUCUACCGAGUCAUUGUUAUAUUUCCGCGCGUGCGAACUCUUGGUCUACGUGUACUUGGCAGCGUAUGGGGUUUGUUCAAUUUGGUGUUCUUCAUUAUAUUGGCUACGCUGUUUGGUGCUAUCAUGUCAUUCCAAUUGUUUGAAGGUCUGCUUAACGACAGUGAUGAAAAUAUGCGGUUUUUCUCUAUUUAUAACUCUUUUGCUGCGUUGAACCAGCUCUUUUCGGGCGAAGAUUGGACAACCGUUCUAUAUGCAACCAUGGAAGCAGGUGCACCAUCGAAAACUGCUGCAAUCCAUGCCUUACUUCUUGUGCUAUGGUUCAUGUUUUCAAACUUCAUCCUUGUCAACAUGUUCAUUGCAGUUUUGAUGGAAAACUUUGAAACAGCUGAAGAGGAAAAGCGACAACUACAAAUCGACCAAUAUGUGCGAAAAACAGAGCAUGUGGUGGAUAGUGAUCCCGUCGCAAGUAGAUGGAAUAUAUAUCGCUACUUUCGACCACAUCCCAAAGGCAUGGAAGUCAAGAACAUGCCGGCCAACUUGGUCCUACAUGCCAAGAAGAACACAAUGCGUGAGUUCAUGAACGACGAUGGGAUUUACCUCAGCGAACAACACAACGAUGAAAGCCACACUACGCCAGACGAAUUUGAAGAUGGUCCGGAUGAGAAUAUUAAACGCUUUUCUCGGGUGCGUGGAUUUUUCGGUACCCUAUUCCAUCGACCUGCACAGCGACCUCUUCCGCUUAACAGCAGCACACGUAAAAGUAUGAACCUGGACGACCGUAAUCCUUUAGACCAUUUCCAUACAUUUUAUGACACACGAAAAGGAGCUGGUCACGAGCAGAACUCAUUGCGCACCAUGAUCCAGUCAUCCUCUGCCAGCAAAGAUUCUUCUGCAUUAGAACUCGCAGAAGCAUACUUGUACGAUGCGGAAGAACGAAAAAUCCUGCGCCAGGACUUUAUUGCAGCACAUCCAACCUACGAUAAAUCUCUCUACUUAUUCACGCCCAACAACCGAUUCCGUCGCUGGUGCCAGAUGCUUGUCCCUCCCAGUCGAGGCGAACGUUUCUUUGGCACCCAGCCCAACUUGGUAGCCAGUUGGAUUUUCUUUAGCAUCAUCUGCUGCUCUGUCUUGACGACUGUUGUUUUGACGAUCUACAACUCGCCUGUCUAUCAACUGGAGCAUCGCAACGAUCCGGACCAUCUGCGCAUCUUUGACUACCUCGACUAUACUUUUACCUUUAUCUUUACAGUCGAGUUCAUCAUUAAGGUGAUCGCUGAUGGCUUCUUUAUGACUCCCAAUGCCUAUCUCUUGAAUGGCUGGAACAUUUUGGAUAUGUUCGUUUUGGUGUCAUUGUAUAUGUCAAACUUUGGCGACUUUUCAUCCUCUAGUGGUGUUGAGCGUGCUUUCCGUGCAUUCAAGGCGCUUCGAGCACUCCGUCUGAUCAACCUACUCAAGCCAGCACGAGAGAUGUUUACGGUGAUCUUGGUCAAGGGCCUUCCACACAUCUUUGACGCCAUGUGUCUGUGCUUGUUUCUCAUUAUCCCGUUUGCGCUUUACGGCCAGAAUCUCUUCCAGGGCCUAUUCUAUUUCUGCAGUGAUGAUAGCGAUGAUAUUACAAUCAAGUCGAUGUGCGUUUACGAAGGAAUGCAGGGCACACAAGAGCCAAUGUCUGAUGAUACCGAAGUGUUUCGACCUCGAAUUUGGGAUAACCCGUACGUUUACAGUUUUGACUCAUUUUGGAAGGGUCUGCUUGUGCUUGUUGAAAUUGCCAGCGGUGAAGGCUGGGUCGAUGUGCUCGAAGUCAGUAUGUCGAUUGUAGGAAAAGAUCAGGUUCCGCAGCAAGACGCCAGCCAGCUCACAGGUAUCUUUUUCAUGGUGUACAAUCUCGUCGGCUCCGUUUUGGUUAUCUCUCUGUUCUUGGGAGUUGUCCUGGAGAACUUUUCUCGCAGGAACGGCACGGCAUAUCUAACUGUGGAACAACGUCGAUGGCUCGAUUUGAAGAAGUUGUUGGGCCGAAUGCGGCCCGCAAAGCGACCCAAGGAAAUCCCAACAAGUCCACUGCGCAAAUGGUGUUUUGAUCUAGUCAUCAAAAAGCGUGGCCGGUUUUAUAAGUUUAUGACCGUUGUAAUUACCUUGAACAUCCUGUUCUUAUGUACCGAGUUUGACCGCGACGAUGAAAUCCCUGGUUGGACCACUGCUAGAACCUAUGUCUUUUUUGGAUUUAUUUGUAUCUACUGGCUGGAAAUCAUAAUCAAGCUCCUUGCCCUGGGUUGGAAAUCGUUCCGUCGUAAUUUGUGGAACUUAUACGACUUGAUUGUCGUCUCUGGCAGCACAAUUACCACCAUCUUUCAGAUGGGAACAAAUAUCCAGCAAAUCAGCGUAGAGGCACAAAAGCUAUUCAUGACAGCACUGUGCUUCAAGCUUGUGCAGCGGAGUGAUAGUUUAAACCAGCUCUUUACGAUCAUUGCGCAAGUUGCAUCAGCAUACCAAAUUCUCAACGUCUUUCUGGUGUGGUUUGUCAUCAUGACAACGUACUCCAUCAUGUUUAUGGAGAUUUUUGGAUUGACCAAAUAUGGGUCCCAAGCAACGAGCGAACACGUCAAUUUCCGCUCCUAUGCCAACACGAUGAUCAUGCUUGUGCGCUUCUCGACGGGCGAAGCAUGGAACACGGUCAUGCACGACUUUACAAUCGAAGCGCCCGAGUGUGUUGCAGCAGAGGACUACCUUGACUCGGAUUGCGGCUCGGUCAGCUGGGCGUAUUUUCUAUUUUUGUCGUACAACAUCAUCUCGAUGUACAUUUUCACGGCAAUCUUUGUUGCCGUGGUGGCAGACAACUUCUCCUAUGUGUAUCAGAUCGCAUCCAACUUUUCGCUUGUCAACCGAGACGAAAUGAGAAAAUAUCCUUUUUAUUUCGAACUUUUAUUCCAGAAAUGGGAAAGAAAGGCUUGGGCUGAUUUCGAUGUCGAUCGGUCUGGGUACCUUGAUCCGAGGAAUUACAUUGGCUUUUGGCGGCAACUUGUUGGUGUAUUCCGUACUCGUAUUUAUGAACCAGAGCAUUCGUACAAGAACCUUUCCCAACAGUGCGCUCUGGAUGAACGACUUGUCGAUCCUAGAGAAGGCAUAUACCCGAUCCGUGUUGAUCUGCGUGCCCUUCAAAAGAAGUUAAGUGAGAUUGACCGUGCUACGAUCCAUCAGCGCAAACAAGACCUCGACAUGCUUUAUUGGGAAGCGGCGCUGACCGAAGGUUCUAAAGGCGUAUCAUUCAACCAGAUGUUACUUAUGAUUGCCCGGCGAAAGCUCAUUAUUCCCGAAAACGCAUUACUGCUGGAGGAGCUGUUGAGUAACCGCAAACGGGAAGAGGUUGUAGGGACGUUGAUCAAGAUUGACCGUGUCAAGGGCAUGAUUGAAACAAUUGCUAUGCGAAAAAAGUUCUUACAGCAUAUGCAAAACAAGAGGCAACAGGCUGUAGACGCUGAACGUGCUUUCCAUAACUUACCUUCCAUUGUCGUGGAUCAACACCGCUUGUCUCGACCACACAACUUGAUGAAUCUCUAUUCUGCACCUGCAACUCCUGUAACACCUACCAGUGGUUUCCGUCACGAUGAUAACGGAUCAGUGAUAUCAGGCGAUCUGAGAAGUCCAACAUUUGAUCGCAGUCAUAUAGAUUCUUAUUUUUUUGAUCCAGAACCUGGCUCUAGUCGUGAAACCAAUAGCCAUCAAGGCGGGCCACCAGAUGAUUCUUCGGAGCAACGAGACGUGUGGCAAGAUAUGCUUCAAAGAGAACUGAAGGAUUAG